CAAUAUUGGGCUCUCGUAUAUGGUAUAUUAUCGGGCCCAACCCAAAACAUAUUUGGGCCGGAUUAGAAACUAGUGAGAAAAAGGGAAUGUUACUAUGUUAGUAUUAUUGUUGACUGUUAGAGUUUUUUUCGCUCCGCCUCUCUGAAACUCGCCGCUAGUAAGCUUCUUCUUCACUUGUGCUCUUCUUCGACGAGAUGAACCGUAUUGGAUUGAUAAGGGGAUCAUCAUCCAAGGAUGUAGUCCGGAGAACGUUUGCAGCAGCAGCUAGUAAAGCCAAGAAAGGUGGCAAAGGAGGUGGAGCCAGCGAUGCUCCUAAAGGUUCCAGCUUGACCAAAGAGAUCAAAUCCACCACUGUUGUUGGUGCCAAUACUCUCAAAGACGGAUCUGAUCCCAAGAUCUUGCCUGAUUCUGAUUACCCUGAUUGGCUCUGGCAUCUCCUCGAUAAGCGACCAGCUCUCAGUGAGCUUAGGAGGAAGAACGUCGAGACUCUUCCCUACGAUGAUCUCAAACGUUUUGUCAAGCUCGACACACGGGGUAAAAUCAAGGAGAACAACUCCAUCAAGGCCAAAAACUGAGAGAUGUAAGAUGUUUUCAACUCUCUCACUGUUGCUGUUUUCUUUGUAUGUGGGAACUAUGCUUGCUAAUAAGUAGAUUCUUCCAGUUAGAUUACAUUUCCAAGGCGUUAUUAUGCUCUUGUAUGUUCUCAGACACUCUUAGUAUAUCCAAGAAAUUGCUGCUUCAUCUUUUCUCUGCAUGAUUCUCUUUGAAAAGUUGGAAUAGGUUUAUUCUUACUUGCUCUAAGUAUAUUCUUUCAGUUAUCUUACUUUUCCGAGUCAGUAACAUUAUGCCCUUGUAAGUUCUUGAUCCUUAAGACUCUUUAUUAGUGAAUCCAAGAAAUUGCUGCUUGUGUGAGUGAAACUCUUGGCUCUUGUUUAAUCUACCGAAUGAUAUGUCCAGCAAGUGUGUAAUACAAAUCCUUCUCCGGAUAGAGGAGAUGAGUUGGUCGGUUCUUAAAGACACUGCAGGUGUAACUGAUCCAUUUAACAAUCAGAUUUAUUGUUUACUGUAUGGGACCUGGCUCAUUGAUAUUGCAUCACUAUUCUGUUGGUGGAUACCAACUCUUGUUGUCUAUCUCUUUGUGGGGUUUGAUACCUUCAAAAGAAAGGUAAAGCAAAUGUUGCAUCAUUAUCUCCCCUUUGUCUUCCAUUAUUGCUCUUCUUUGCUUUGAUUGUUACUUGUCUCCUGUGAUUUGCCCAGUUACAAUUUCAUAUUGCUUUGUGUUAAUACUAGUUAGGAUAAGUUUCAAUUUAAAUCGGUUUUGAUUUAGGUCUUAUUGGUCUGAUAUUAUGGCUUUUCUCUCUCUCUCUCUAUGGUAUUGUAUCUGACAAGUGCUGCUACUUAUUUGCUUUAUGGUUAUAUCCUCCCAUGCCCAUGAAAGGUUUAAGAGUUUGAAAAGGAGACACCACUCAUCACAUGCUUUUGUGGGUAUAACAAAAAAUAAAGCUAACUUUUUUCUCUGCUCACAUGCUUAUUUUCCUCUUUUGACACCUUAACAAUAUCUUGCUUUGUUUUUGUUUCGUUUUUUGCAUGUUCCUUCUUAACUAUAUGUACUAAAUGUAUGAUUUAGAUAUGUUAUGGAUAUAAUUAUCCAAAUCUGUGGUCAUGAUUGAUAGAGGCCACGAGGGCGGACAUUUUAA